UCGAAGAAGACGGUGGCAGAGGCGAGGGCGAGAGAAGAGAGGAGGAGGAUCAAGCAGAGCGAAUUAGGGUUCGCCACGGCCGGAGCACGAAACGGAGAGGAGGGCGCUGUUGGUGGACUAAGAGAAAAGAGAGUGCGAGAGUGGUGAAAGAGGUUUUAUUUUUAUAGCAGGGCUUUUGUUCAUUGGUUCUGACGGUGGCCGGGGACGCUGUCGUUUAUUGCUUCCUUUCCCCAUUAAACCCUCGCGGCUUGUUCAACUCAACUCCCCUGUUAAACCCUGGAGAGGAAAACUCGUUAGUCGUUAGCUCAUUACUCCUUCGUCAAAUUGGAUCGGGGAAGAAAGGGGAAAGGUUUCAGCUUGAAUUCUCCGAUCAUCAAGCAGCUGAAGAAUCAGAACUUGAAAUCCCUUGGAAUUGGCGGCAGAACCUAGAAGUCGAGUUCGAGGUUCUGUUGGGAAUGGGAAUAGAGCAGAAAAGCCUCGAAUGCCUUCGAUCUCCGUCGAUUAGGAAACCAAGGGCCGAAAGAUGUCAGCUUUGGCGCUCAGAAGAUCUAGGAUCUGUUCCCAGAGUCUCCUCGCAGCUUCCUUACUCUGCCCUCUUCAACCCGAGCCACAGAACGCACUCCUCCAUUCUUCAAAGCUUCACUCUUCACAAUCUGUAAGGAAGAAUCACCAGGUCCUGGGCUUCUCUUCAAACGGCGUCUUGAAUAGAGAGCUUCAGUUCCAGAGGAGGGUUUUUCCUAGUCUUAGUACACAUGCGGCAGCAGCAGCUGCGGAGCUGUCUACUUCCGAUGGCUUGACUGUUGAUAGAAUUGUUGCUAGUAACUGGGCCAUUCUUGAUGAAAGUGAGAGUGAUUGGAAGAGCCAUGCUGCUGCUAUUGCCCAGUCCAUUCAAGUCAUCAAGAAGCGGUUGCAGUGGAAUAAGUUGAUGGUUAGAUUAGAUUUGCUAUCAGCACAGCUGAAUAAGCCAAACCUAUGGGAUGAUCCUGUACUUGCUGGAAAGUUAAGCCGCGAGCAUGGCUCGAUGAUGGGUAAGAUGAAAGAGGUGAAAGCAUUGGAGCAAGAUUUGAUUGAGCACAUUGAUAUGAUAAAGUUGGCUCGUGAAGAAGCGGAGGACUCCGACUUGGAAUUGGUGGGAAACCUUGCUUCUUGUUGUUUAGGAAUCAUUGAAAGCCAUGCUUGAGAUGAGAAGAAAUUCCAAAGAGAAAGAGCUAGAAGCUUUGUUAUCCGCAGAGCAUGAUUCUUGCUCAUGUUACAUCGAGGUUCAAGCUGGAGCUGGUGGUACUGAGAGCAUGGACUGGGCGAAAAUGGUGAUGCAGAUGUAUAAACUAUGGGCUCAACGCCGAGGGUUUAGAGUGACAUUGGUCGACGAGAUGUCUGGUGAGAUGGCAGGAAUCAAGCGGGCAACCAUCAGACUAGAUGGUGAAUAUGCAUUUGGCUAUGCAAAAGCAGAAGUAGGAGUCCACAGGCUGGUGCGAAUCUCGCCUUUCGACAGCAGUAAAAGGCGGCACACGUCGUUUGCAGCAGUUGCUGUGAUCCCAAUUCUUGGUGAAGGGUUCACACAUGUUCAGAUCAACGAAUCCGACUUACGAAUUGAACGGUUUCGAUCUGGAGGAGCUGGUGGGCAAAGUGUUAACACGACUGACAGUGCUGUGAGGAUAGUUCAUAUUCCAACUGGGGUAACUGCCACAUGUCAGAACGAAAGAUCACAGCAUAUGAACAAGGCAUCAGCAAUGUCAGUGCUUCAGUCGCGGCUGGACCAGCUCGAGAUGACGCGGCAGGCCCAGGUGAAUGCUCAGCACACUCAAUCAUUGACGGAAAUCAGCUGGGGCAAUCAAAUUCGCACUUACGUCCUUCAUUUUUGGCUUGCUCUGCGUUUCUCUCCAGCCAUACCGUAUGGUUAAGGAUCUUCGAACCAGCCACGAGGUUUCUAACCCUGAUUCAGUGCUUGAAGGAGAGCUAGACGGCUUCAUCUUGAGCUAUCUUUCAUCUUCAUUGGAUAAAGAUGAAGAAUACCAAUGAACCCUUUUGAAAGACAAUAGCAGUGAUAAGCUGGCAGGAGGGAGAUGGUCCCAAUGAUUUGGGAAGAUUCCAAGGAAGAGAGUAAUUUAUUGUUGUUGGAUAGGUGAUACUGUACUGAAAUAUUGAUCAUGUUGUGAACCUCUAUAAAUUAAUAAAGUUGAGACCAUAACAAUUUAUUAAUUAAUUGAUAAAUUAAUAAUUUAUUAAUUCA